GAGUCCUCAGUCUGAGCUAGGAAGAGAACGGAAAAUAAGAGAGCGUUUGCUCUCAAGGAGCUGACACCUUGUAUGAAAUCAGGCAUUCAACAAGUAACAACCCAAGGAAGUGGCCUCUAAACUACCACCUUCAAUGAGCAGGAGUUAGCCAGGUGAAGAGGAAGGAAAAAGCCUUCCAGACAGAAGGCCCCAAAGGCCCCAACAGGGCUCAGCCUUACAGUGCCUCGGGGCCUGGAGGGAUGCGAGGGUGACUGAAGCAUGGUAGGCUGGGGCCAGCGGCCCUGCCUGGGGCUUGUGAGCCACAGGAGAGACUAGACAAGCUCUCAUCCGCCGAGUUAAGUAAUAAUUAACCACGAAUUAUCACCAACCAGCCAUUUUGAACUCAUCGUCUCUCCAGCAAGUUGCAGAAGGCACCAGUAUUUCUGAAAUGUGGCAAAAUGACCUGCGACCGUUGCUGAUAGAGCGAUAUCCAGGAUCCCCUGGAAGUUACGCUGCUCGCCAGCACAUCAUGCAGAGAAUUCAGAGACUUCAAGCCGGCUGGGUCUUGGAAGUAGACACCUUCUUGAGUCAGACACCCUAUGGGUAUCGAUCUUUCUCAAAUAUCAUCAGCACUCUCAAUCCCACUGCUAAACGACACUUGGUCCUCGCCUGUCACUAUGACUCCAAGUUUUUCCAUCAUUGGCACAACAGGGUGUUUGUGGGAGCCACUGAUUCAGCCGUGCCGUGCGCGAUGAUGCUGGAACUUGCUCGUGCCUUAGACAAGCACCUCCUUUCCUUGAAGGACGCUUCAGACUCCAAGCCAGAUCUGUCACUCCAGCUAAUUUUCUUUGACGGGGAAGAAGCUUUUCUUCACUGGUCUCCUCAAGACUCUCUGUAUGGGUCUCGGCACUUAGCUCCCAAGAUGGCAUCGACACCACACCCACCCGGAGCGAGGGACACCAACCAACUGCACGGCAUGGAUUUAUUGGUCUUAUUAGAUUUAAUUGGAGCUCCAAACCCAACAUUUCUCAAUUUUUUUCCAAACUCUGCUCGAUGGUUUGAUAGACUUCAAGCAAUUGAACUUGAACUCCAUGAAUUAGGUUUGCUCAAGCAUCAUUCUUUGGAGAAGCGGUAUUUCCAGAAUCAUGGCUAUGGAGGUGUGAUUCAGGAUGACCAUGUUCCAUUUUUAAGAAGAGGUGUUCCUGUUUUGCAUCUGAUAGCAUCUCCUUUUCCUGAAGUAUGGCAUACCAUGGAUGACAAUGAAGAAAAUUUGGAUGAGACAACCAUUGACAAUCUAAACAAAAUUAUACAAGUCUUUGUGUUAGAAUAUCUGCAUUUGUAAUAUUCUCAUUUACUUUAUGGUAAUCGAAUCUAGUAUCAAAUUCAGAAGUCAAGGUACCGUUUAAAAUAAUCUGACUAAUCUGACUCCAGACAAAUGCUGUGUGGAAACUUCUAUCUCAGAGAUUUAUUCUGUAGGUAGCUUUGAAUAUGUGAUGAAUAAAUCCUAGAUUUAUUUUAUGUCCUAAAUUUCUUGUUAAUUUUUAUCUAGAGAUUUAAAAAGGAAAUGUAAGGAAAAUAGAAAAUAAAUAUCUUUAAAAACUCUUUUAGUUAAGAAACGAUGAAGCUAAAUUAGAUUCAUAUAUUUAGUAUCACGGUCUUCUAAUUAGUACUUAAAUAUGAUGGUGAUGUGCAAUACAUAGUAUUAAUUAAUUUUGUGAUUUUUUAAAGUACUUGGGAAUUUAUUAAAUAUAAUACAAAACAGAAAUGUAGAUUGAAGAUUCUCAAAUUUCUUUGAAAAAUCUUUGUAGGUUUAUUUCAUGGAAAUUAAAUCAGAAUUAAAUGC